AUGGUUUUCUUGUGGCUAUAUAUCUGGCUAUGCUUCUCUCAACUUUGCCUUUGUGCUAGAACUGUGCCGAAGGAUACCAAUGAUGAGAGGUUUCCAUUCACAACAGUCGUGGACCUGCUCUGGCAGAACGUCGAAUUCUCUACGUUUCUAAGAAAAGUCCAAAAAUGCGGAUUCGUCGAUUAUUUGAAUGGCAUAGAUAAUUUCACUCUAUUUGCACCAAUUAAUUCCGCCUAUGCGAAUCACACGGAUGCCCUCAAAUUACACAAUUAUUUGCUUCACGAUACUGUACUAGACCCCAUGGUCUUCAAUUGGGGCCGUCACAUUAUUAUGUCCAAUGAUAGUCGACUCCACUUGUUAGAAGUGAAAGGGGAUGGCAGCUGGUUGAUCGAUGAAGUGCCUGUCUUUACCGAGACAUUGAAGCCAAAUAUGCAAAAUGCAACGCUUUGUAGUAUUGCAGCUCAAAUACCGGACUCUCCAUUGCUCAGCGAGUUGCUUAAUAGAGAAGCUUAUCUCUGUCACUUUUUCAAGCUCGUUGAAGUCACCUCAACUCUGAAAGACAACUCUAUGUUUGAUCGAAAAACAGUCAUUAUCCCCGAUAACAAUGCUUUCGAAGAGAUCUUUGACAAAUUCCAGCUUGCAUAUCUGAUCACAGAAAGUCAACUUCCAAGAUCUCUUCCUUUGAUGAAAACGCAAAAACGAGAUCGUUGGGCACUGCUUAAAUCACUCAUGAUGAACACCACGUUAGGGGGGCGCUUCGAGACGGAAGUGCUAUUGAAUCUCAACGGAGACCCACUUUUGCUUCAAUCUCAUGACAACGGCUCAACCAUUAUCGCAAAUAACUCUCUAGCUACCACUAGCAACGUUCUCUAUCGAACCGGUGUUGCUCAUAUCUUCUCGAAUCUUGAUUUCCUAUCGAAUUAUUUGCACUUUACGGCCGAGAAAAUGCUUUUGGGGAUGGGAGCGGAUCAUUUCAUAGAGGAGAUCUACAUCAGAAACCUUUCAUAUCUAAUCGACGGCAGUUAUGAAAAGCCAUUAACACUUUUUCUCGCCAUCGAUUCCACUAAAGACAGUCUCGGAUAUUCGAAAAGCAGUUUACUUUAUCACUUCGUUGAUGACGGCGUUAAUUUGACCCGAGACUUCUCUGACGACAAGCAGGUACGGUUGUAUGAUUCAUUGUUCUGCUCAUCCAACAAAAGGCUAGGAGGCCAGUGCCAGCGUUUAAAAAUCGAAAGAGUUGGUCAUCACGAUAAAACCACUCAUGUCAUUAACAAGAAAUAUCGCGUCAAGGAUCAGGAUCCGAUCCAGGUCGCCAAUGUUACAAUCUUUUUUUUACAAGACGACAUUUUAUUGCCAGCCGACCUCGUCUCCUCAAUUGACCCAUUUUCCGGUUGCUCGACAUCAUUGAAGUUUUUACGGGAACUGAAUCUAUUGGACCUCCAACCAAAUGGAAAGGGCUACACAAUUUUGCUCCCAUGUUUCAAUGCAUGGAGCCAGUACGAUCUUAAUCUGGAGUACCUGGAGCAUAAUGUCACUGCUUUAAAUAUAAUAAUGAAAAACUAUAUUUUGAGCGACCUGAUUUAUACCGACUCUACGGAAAGUCACGUAAAAACUACCAACUUUCACAAAGAAAAUAUUACAGUUGACAUUUAUCGGGAGAGGCCCGAUUAUGACCAUGUGGCACUCAACCUGAGUACCAUAAGAGAUCCAAUUAUUCUCCAUAAAAGCUCUGAUCUGUUCUUUGACCAAGGUGUUGUUCACCCUUUGCGUAACGUAUACCUUCCUGACACGCUAGUAAUCACACUUCAGAAUUUGUUAGACAUAACGAAUUCCUUUGACUUCAAAGCGUACCUGGAAAGUUCUGAAAGUCUCCGCAUGGUGUUUGAACGCAGUCAAGACUACUCAUUGCUAGUUCCAACUGCUCAGUCGUUGUUAUUGGAAGAAAUUACGUUGAAUUCAACAAAAUUGGAGGAAUUUCUGAGGCUGCACAUCAUUUGGUCCAAUACUACUCAACACCUGUUUCACUGUAGCGAUGAAAUUGAGACCUUACAUGGGGCAAUACUCAACUGCCGACAAAGUAACGCCAAUACUCAUUUCUUAAGGGUUCAAGGUGGUGCCGACAAAGAAGUUCGCAUUUUGAAGAAAGGUUGUUCCAGCUCCAAUAAUAGUUCCUGUGUCUUUCUGAUAGAUAGGCCAAUUUCUUUGUCAUGGCUGGACCAAGACAAAUACAGAAUCAGACUGCCAGGAAUUGCAAUUGCCAUGGGUACCCUUAUCGGAAUCCUUGUCAUAUCAGGAGUUUUUGUGUGUGCAUUGUUGGUCUUCAUCCGCAAGCAGCGUGUAAACGAAACUGAAGUGAGAGUACCCGAAAGUGAACAGGAUCGACUCCUACCAUCGCCUAGAACCAAAAAUCAACAUCACUACUCCUCAUCCUUGGGGAGAUCGCUAGCGUCCACCGAAGAUCGCAAUGUGCGAGUAGGGGCCAAUCAAAAUUCUGCAUUGUUUGCUAGUUCGUAUUCAGCGCAUACUGGCCGCGACCCUUUGUCGAUCAACCCUCAAGGAGGACACCCAUGUUGA